AACGACAUGCCGUAACAGCAAAAACACAAAUGUCGUAGCAUCAUCAGCACGUUCUUCCAUCUCUUGCUAGAUUAAACGGCCCUCCCAAUUUUGCAGAUCAAAAUUCUGCAUGUUACUCCCACUCUCUCUCUAAAACCACACACAACCUCACUCUUCAGCUCUAUUUCUCUCUCUAGCUUCGUCCCUAUCCAUGGUUAUGCAACCUUAAAGAUUGAUUUCUUACAAUCUAAACUAAUGGAUUACUUUCACGGCGGCGGCGGCGAGAAUCCUCCGGUGCUGCAGUUGCACAAAUGGGACGCUCUCUGUCGAUUGCAUCUCAGCAACUUAUCGGAAUUUCGUGAAGGUUUUAUAUCUCCUUCAAGGCAACUUCUGUUACUGCUGUCUUAUCAGUGUGAAGCCUUGCUUCUUCCGUUGAGUUCUGUAGGGGACUUGACAGAUGACAACAUAGCUGGUCAUAGUGAACAUCUGCAAAAUCAGUCAUCGGGAGUUUCUUCAACCCAACCAUCAUUACAACCUUGUCUGUUAGCUUCAGAAGCAUCACCAGUAGCGGAUUGUGGUAAUUCUUUUUCCACUGAAAAUAAAGCUUCAACAGCCAAUGGCUAUCCAUUUAUAUGUGAUGUUAACUCAUUGUGUUGGGGUGUGCGUGGGGAUGCUUAUAAUCUGCAUGAUGAUGUCACAUUUAGAGACUUCUUAUUUGUUUCGAAUGAUUCUGGAGUUAUAGUGCAUGCUUUCCGUGAAGCUGAUAAAACUGCAGUUAUGACACCUGUGUUGGACUGUGAGUUAGGGAAAGGGAGGUGGGUGGAGUGGGGUCCUUGCACAUCAGCUAAAAAAAUAAGGUCACAGAACUCUUUUGGCUUUUCUGAAGACACUAAUGCUAUUCUGGAUGUUCAAUCGGUUGAUGAAAAUGGAGCAGUUGAUGAAAAUGGAGCAGUUGAUGAAAAUGGAGAAAAUGUGCAUGAUGCGUGUGAAGAAAGUGCAGUCGGUCAGCUUUCAAGUGGUAUUACUUCAAAGAGGUGGUUGCGAUCAUUUCUCGUUGAAGUGGAAACGGUCCAAACUGAUGGUAACAUCUGGACUAGGUUCCCAGAGAAGUCAUCAUUUCCUUGCCCUGCAAAUGUUAUUUCCUUCAGCAUUCUCGACAAGGAUUUACCAGUUAUGCAUUUCCUUUCUCAGGGAAAUGCUGUCUCAAAUAGACAAGAAAGCCAGUGUGACACUGACUCGCAAAUACAGAGUGAUAUGAAUCUAUCAAGUGAUCUAUCAGAUGGUUUUGGUGCUGGUGCAUUCAAAUGUUCCAGAGUUUUCUCCAGUAAUUCACAUCCCCUAGUUGGGUUUCUCUUAUUAUUGGAAGAUUCUUUGACUGCUAAUUCUUCAGAUGAUGUUGAAAAAAGCAGGGUAAAAUUUAUGCUGCUUGUUGCUAGGUUAGACAGUUCGGGUAUCCAGUGGGUCUCUUUAGUGAAGCUUCCACAAUGUGUAAAUAAGGAUCAUGUGACUGAGUGGACUGACUUUUGCUUUUCUGAUAACCUUCUGAUAUGCCUAAAUGCAUCCGGGUUAGUAUAUUUCUAUGCUGCAAUGUCCGGAGAGUAUGUGGCACAUUUUGAUAUCUUACAAGUUUGUGGAUCUACUCCUCAAUCAAAUCUAGAGCAGCAACAUAUGUCUGUUUUUGUUGAUCCACUAAUAAAAAAUGUUGAUGAAUUUCCUGUUAGGUCAACCUCUCCAGUUUCUGGUUUAUCUACUAGACGAAUGUUUAGAAAGUUGCUAGUUGCAUCACAUACUUCCUUGUUAUCAGUAGUUGAUGAAUGUGGUAUUAUAUAUGUCAUACGUGCUGGUGAUUAUCUUCCGGAAAAUUUCUAUGCAUAUGAGAAAUUGCUUCCACAUUUUCAACAUUCAGGGCUUGGCAUGUUGGUUGGUUGGGAGGUUGGUGGGUUUGAGAUAGGUCACAAACAAGCAUUUUCUAAUAGUCCGACUAUGAGGAAAGGAAAUGCUUCCCUUUUGGAUUGUGAUAUAAAUGCUGCGCUUUGGACACUUCAAAAUGGGAACAUUCACGGGAAGGGAACCCAGGCUGAUUUGCCAAGUUUAUCUUUUGGUGCAUCAGAAAAUAAAUUUUGUGAUUCUGAGGUUCAUUUAAAACCGAUGCGUAAAGUUUUUCUUCUCACUGAGAGAUUUUGCCACGAUGAUUGUUUGUGUUUUUCACCUUUGGGCAUCAUUCGGCUCACCAAAAACAAUAUAAGUAGGAAUCAAAGGAAUGUUUGUAUCAUUCACUUAAAUCUGCAUAUGGGCUUGGUGGCUCGUGAUGAUAUUAGCUUGGAUUUUAAGAGCAAGAUGUUAUCUCAACCAGGGAAGGAAGAAGCUUCUAUUGGAGAAGCAAUUGGCUGUACUUUUCAAGGGUGUCUCUAUUUAGUGAAUGAAGUUGGCCUUUCAGUUGUUCUUCCCUCCCUUUCUUUCUCAUCAAAUUUUCUUCCUGUUGAAAGCAUUGGAUAUCGGCAAAACAACUCUCACAUGGCUAAUGAAUAUCUUGUACAAAGAGCUCUUCAAGUAAAAAGUUCAAAAGAGUUAGUUUCAGCAUGGAAAGUGGAGCUUUUGGAUAGAGCUAUUAUGUAUGAGGGCCCUGAAGAGGCAGACCGCCUGUGUUUGAAAAAUGGAUGGGACUUAAAAAUAUCUAGGAUGCGCCGGCUACAGAUGACAUUGCACUACCUGAAAUUUGAUGAAAUAGAGCAAUCUCUAGAAAUGCUUGUGGGUGUCAAUCUAGCAGAGGAAGGCAUUUUGAGGCUGCUCUUUGCUGCAGCUUUUUUAAUGUGUCGCGAAAAUGGAAAUGAGGGUGAUGUUUCUGCUGCAUCAAGAAUUCUUUUAUUAGCUACUGGCUUUGCCACCAAAAUGAUUCGAAAAUAUGGGUUACUGCAGCAUAAGAAUUGGGACAUGCAUGGCUUUAGGAAGAGUCGUUUGCUCUCUCUUCCACCAAUUUUACCAGAUGAAGUGAAAAACGAGAUGGGGACCUCAAGAAGGCUUCAUGAAAUGGCUUGCUUCUUGGAGAUCAUUCGGAAUAUGCAGUAUCGGCUCAGAGCAAAAUCUAAAAAGCAUGGCCAGGGAUUGGUGGAUGGAGAUGCAUUGAAUUUACAAACAGAUUUGUCUGAGGAUGAGUCUCAGCUUCCCAUUGUUCCAGCUAAUGCUUCAACUUUGGCGUCGAAUAACAAGCAAGAAAUUUUAAAUUCUGCAUCUUCCGUAGGCACCAGUGCUGAAAAACUUGCUUUGAUGUCCAAGGAUGCCUUGGAUUCCAGUGCCCAUUUGGAUCAAGAGGAUUCAACUGCAGUAUCUAUAUUUGUGCCGCGAGCUGGAAAUUUAGAAAAGAAAUUUUUUCCAAUGGAAAAUCCUAAAGAGAUGAUGGCAAGAUGGAAAUUGGAUAAUUUAGACCUUGAAACUGUGGUUAAAGAUGCACUGCUUUCUGGUCGUCUUCCUUUAGCUGUUUUACAAUUACAUCUUCAUCGUUCAAGAGGUUUAGACAAUGAUGAUGAGCCUCCUGACACUUUUAGUGAAGUUCGUGAAAUUGGAACAGCCAUCGCUUAUGACCUAUUCUUAAAGGGGGAAACUACACAUGCCAUUGCAACAUUACAAAGGCUAGGUGAGGACGUUGAAACCUGCCUCAAGCAGUUAUUAUUUGGCACAUUGAGGAGGUCUCUUCGGAUUCAAGUUGCAGAAGAGGCGAGAAAAUAUAGUUACCUGGGACCUUAUGAUUGGAAGAUAUUAGAGAUGAUAUUAAUAAUAGAGAGGCUGUACCCUAGCAGUAGUUUUUGGAGAACUUUUCUUGGCCGGCAGGAGUUAACGAGAGCAAGACAGCCUUUAAAUUCGCUUGGAGGAAUCAAGUUGAAGUUAUUACAUUCACCUUUCAAUCAAAUCAUUGAAUGCGGUGAAGUUGAUGGAGUUGUUUUAGGUGCAUGGUCAAGCAUGAAUGAAAAUUUUCUUGAUCCUGUGAUUGAUGAAGAUAUUGCCCAUGCUGGUUAUUGGGCUGGUGCGGCAGUGUGGUCUAGUGUCUGGGAUCAAAGAACAAUCGAUCGUAUAGUGUUGGAUCAACCAUUCGUUAUGGGUGUUCAUGUAUUGUGGGAGUCUCAACUGGAGUUUUAUUUAUGCCACAAUGAUUGGCAGGAGGUUUAUAAGCUUAUGGAUCUUUUUCCUGCAUCUGCUGUAUCAUGUGGAAGCCUCCAAAUAACUUUGGACAGCCCAAAGCAUGUACCAGCUAUUGGAUACAGCAGUGAAUUUCCUGAAUGUGGCAGUUAUUUAUGCUCCAUUGAAGAAGUGGAUGCUAUGUGCAUGCAUGUUCCUGGAAUCAAAAUAUUCAGAUUUUCCACUGAGGCAACGUGUUCUGUGUGGCUAAGGAUGCGCAUGGAACAAGAGCUUGCAAAGAAAUUUAUAUUUUUCAAGGAAUACUGGGAAGGCACUGCAGAGGUUGUAGCUCUACUGGCUCGUUCAGGCUUCAUAGCUAGCAGUUCUAGCAAAAUACUGUUAGAGGACUAUUCUGUGAAGGGUUCAUCUGAUCUAAAUUCACUAGAUGGCGGAGAACAUCAUGUUGAUACCACACAAGCAUUUCAUAAAUUAAUCUUGCAUCACAGUGUGCAAUUUAGGUUGCCAAAUUUACUGGACCUUUAUCUUGACCAUCACAAAUUGGUACUGGACAAUGAUUCGCUUUACUUGCUACAGGAAGCUGCAGGAGAAUGCCAAUGGUUGAAUUGGUUGCUUCUAUCUAGGAUAAAGGGGCGUGAAUAUGACGCGUCAUUUUGCAAUGCUCGAUCUAUAAUGUCGCAUGAUAGCAACCUCCAUGUUUUAGAGAUUGAUGAAAUAAUUCGUACCGUUGAUGACAUUGCGGAAGGAGGCGGUGAAAUGGCAGCUUUAGCAACUCUAAUGUAUGCCUCUAGUCCAAUUCAAUAUUGUCUAAGUAGUGGCAGCGUACUAAGGAACAGUAGUUCCACAGCACAGUGUACUUUAGAAAACCUUAGGCCCAUUUUACAGCGCUUUCCUACAUUGUGGCGCACACUUGUAACAGCAAGUGUUGGGCAAGAUACUUCUAUUUUGUUGGGCCCCAAGGCACAUAAUGUGCUGUCAAAGUAUCUUUGUUGGCGCGAUAAUAUCUUCUUCUCUUCUGCUCGUGAUACUUCGUUGUUACAAAUGCUGCCAUGCUGGUUUCCUAAAGCUGUCCGUAGGCUGAUUCAGCUUUAUAUCCAGGGUCCUCUUGAAUGUCAAUCAUUCUCAGGGUUGCCUAUUGGAGACUCUUUGUUAGAUAGAGAAAUCGAUUUUUAUAUACAUGCUGAUGAGGACACCGAGAUAAGUGCCGUCUCUUGGGAAGCAACAAUACAAAAUCAUGUCCAAGAGGAACUCUAUGAUUCAUCACUUGAGGAAACUGGACAUGGGCUUGAGCACCAUUUGCAUCGCGGACGUGCAUUGGCAGCUUUUAAUCAUGUUCUUGGUGUUAGAGUUCAAGAGUUGAAAUUGCGCGGUCAGUCUAGCACUUCAUCGCAUGGACAAACAAAUGUGCAGUCAGAUGUGCAAACACUUCUAGCUCCUAUAACUCAGAGCGAAGAGGCUAUUCUUUCAUCUGUCAUUCCACUUGCUGUUACUCAUUUUGAGGAUCCUGUACUGGUGGCAUCAUGUGUUUUUCUUCUGGAGCUGUGCGGUUUAUCUGCUAGCAUGCUUCGAGUAGAUAUUGCUGCCCUGAGGCGAAUAGCGUCAUUUCACAAGUUAAGUGAAACUAGUGAGAAGUAUGGUCAAGUUUCACCCAAAGGCUCUGCAUUUCAUCUGGUUUCUCAUGAGGAUGGCAUGGCAGGGUCUCUGGCUCGAUCUCUAGCUGAUGAAUAUUUAAGAAUGGAUAAUAGAAAUGACUCUAAAGAUUUUCUUGAUAGUAGACGUCCUUCACGAGCUCCCAUUCUAGUCCUACAGCAUUUGGAAAAGGCUAGCCUUCCAGUGAUAAUGAACGGAAAAUCUUGUGGCUCUUGGUUACUUACUGGUAAUGGCGAUGGAGCUGAAUUACGAUCUCAACAAAAAGCUGCAAGUCAACACUGGAAUUUAGUUACUUUUUUCUGUCAGAUGCACCAUCUUCCCUUAAGUACAAAAUACCUUGUGGUGUUGGCAAGAGAUAGUGAUUGGGUUGGAUUUUUAUCUGAAGCUCAGAUUGGAGGAUACCCUUUUGAGACGGUGGUCCAAGUGGCAAGUAAGGAAUUUAGUGAUCCACGUCUCAGAGUUCAUAUUUUGACAGUUUUGAAGGGCAUGCAGUCAAAAAAAAAAGUUGGUUCUUUAUCGUACUUGGAUACUGCAGAAAAAAGGAGCGAAACUUCAUACUUUGAUGAGGAUGUUCUUAUGCCUGUUGAACUCUUUAGAAUUCUAGCUGAUUGUGAAAAGCAGAAAAAUCCUGGGGAGGCUCUCUUGAAGAAAGCAAAAGAGAUGUCCUGGUCUCUUUUGGCAAUGAUUGCUUCAUGCUUUGCAGAUGUGUCUCCAUUAUCUUGCCUGACGGUUUGGCUGGAAAUAACAGCAGCAAGUGAAACUUCAGCCAUCAAGGUGAAUGACAUUGCAUCGCAGAUUUCUGAUAGUGUUGGGGCAGCUGUAAAAGCUACUAAUUCUUUGCCAGUGGGUAACCGGGCUGUGACAAUUCGUUACAACCGCCAAAAUGCAAAACGUCGCUGUCUGAUGGAGUCCAUUUCUGUGGAUCUAACGGUUGCAUCUACUGAUGUUUCAACUACUUAUUGUGGUUCAAAAAUACCGAUUGCACAGCCUGUAAUCGGUAAGGAGGAAAUAAAACCAGAAGCUGGUGAACGUGUUAAUAUUUCAAGUGAUUCUGAUGAAGGAUCAGUGCCCCUCUCAAAGAUGGUGGCAGUUCUUUGUGAACAACAUUUGUUUCUGCCAUUAUUAAAGGCUUUUGACAUGUUCUUGCCUUCAUGUUCUUUGUUGCCUUUCAUUCGGGCGCUUCAGGCAUUUUCACAGAUGCGCCUAUCUGAAGCUUCAGCACAUCUCGGUUCCUUCUCGGCCAGGAUAAAGGAUGAAUCAUCUAAUUUACAAUCAAUCAUUGGAAGAGAAGCACAUUCUGGAACAUCAUGGCUAAGCUCCACUGCUGUUCAAGCUGCCAAUGCGAUGCUUUCAAAUUGUCCAUCUCCUUAUGAAAAAAGAUGCUUGUUACAACUUCUUGCUGCAACUGACUUCGGGGAUGGAGGAUCUGCUUCAACAUACUAUCGACGACUUUAUUGGAAAAUUAACUUAGCAGAGCCUCUACUGAGGAAGGAUGAUGGUCUGCAUCUUGGUAGUGAGACUCUAGAUGAUGCUUCGCUUUUAACAGCACUAGAGAAGAAUGGGCAUUGGGAGCAAGCACGCAACUGGGCUAGGCAGUUGGAGGCAAGUGGCGGACCUUGGAAAUCUGCUGUUCACCAUGUAACUGAAACUCAGGCUGAAGCCAUGGUAACUGAAUGGAAGGAAUUUCUUUGGGAUGUUCCUGAAGAAAGAGUUGCUCUAUGGGGCCAUUGUCAGACCCUGUUCAUAAGAUAUUCCUUUUCCCCUUUACAGGCUGGCUUAUUUUUCCUUAAACAUGCUGAAAUGGUGGAGAAAGACCUUCCAGCUAGAGAGCUUUAUGAAUUGCUUCUGCUUUCUCUUCAAUGGUUAAGUGGGAUGAUAACGCUGUCCAGUCCGGUUUAUCCAAUAAAUCUUCUGCGAGAAAUUGAGACUAGAGUGUGGCUGUUGGCAGUAGAAUCAGAAGCUCAGGUAAAGAGUGAAGGAGAUUUUACAUCUUCUUCAAGUCAAGUUCCUAUGGCUGGAAAUAGCUCCAAUAUCAUUGACAAGACUGCAAAUUUAAUAACAAAGAUGGACAUCCAUAUUAACACGAUGAGGAAUAGAACUGCAGAGAAACACGAUAUGAAGGAAAGUUUGAUUGGUGGUGUUCAGAAGAAUCAAGCCCUGGAUGCCAGCACCCCAUCUGCAGGGGUUGGGGCAAAGACAAAGCGGAGGGCCAAAGCGUACUUACCAUCUCGGCGACCAUUCAUUGAUUCAGUGGAUAAAACUAUUGAUCCGGAAGAUGUUUCCGUUCCUCUUAGUUCUAAGAAUGAGUUGAACCUGCAAGAUGCAAAUUUGAAGUUGGAAAUUUCAUUUUCUAAAUGGGAGGAAACAGUUGGAGCUGCAGAGCUGGAAAGGGCUGUUCUUUCUUUAAUGGAGUGUGGACAAAUAACAGCUGCCAAGCAACUCCAACAUAAGCUGUCUCCAGAACACACACCUCCAGAAUUUAUUCUUGUGGAUACUGCUCUAAAGCUUGCAGCUAUCUCAACUCCUAGCAGUCGACUAUCUCCAUCAUUGCUUGAUAAGGAAGUGCUGUCUGUUCUCCAAUCAUAUGGCAUUUUAAUUGAGCGAAAUCUAUUUGACCCACUUGAGGUGUUACAGAGCUUAUCGACCAUUUUUAUCGAGGGUAGUGGACGUGGACUAUGUAAGAGAAUCAUAACAGUUGUAAAAGCUGCAAAUGUUCUAUGUAUCCCUUUUUCAGAAGCAUUUGAGAAGCAGCCAAUCGAACUGCUGCAGCUGCUUUCUCUUAAAGCACAAGAAUCAUUUGAGGAAGCAUCUCUCUUAGUCCACACUCAUUCUAUGCCAGCAGCUAGUAUUGCUCAAAUUCUAGCAGAAUCCUUUUUGAAGGGUCUACUGGCUGCACAUCGUGGGGGAUAUAUGGAUACCCAGAAGGAGGAAGGACCUUCUCCUUUAUUGUGGAGAUUUUCUGACUUCUUAAAAUGGGCAGAGCUUUGCCCUUCACAACCUGAAAUUGGUCAUGCUUUGAUGCGAUUGGUAAUUACAGGGCAAGAAAUACCACAUGCCUGUGAGGUUGAGCUUCUUAUUCUGUCUCACCACUAUUACAAAUCAUCAGCAUGCCUUGAUGGAGUUGAUGUUUUGGUGGCUCUUGCUGCAACCAGGGUUGAAGCUUAUGUAUAUGAGGGUGAUUUUGCAUGUUUGGCUCGGUUAAUAACUGGAGUUGGAAAUUUUCAUGCCCUUAAUUUCAUUCUUGGAAUUCUCAUAGAGAAUGGGCAGUUAGACUUGCUACUUCAGAAGUAUUCAGCUGCUGCAGACACAAAUGCAGGAACAGCUGAGGCUGUCAGAGGAUUCCGAAUGGCUGUUUUAACAUCAUUGAAGCAUUUCAAUCCAAAAGAUCUCGAUGCAUUUGCUAUGGUCUACAAACACUUCGACAUGAAGCAUGAAACAGCUUCUCUAUUAGAGUCGCGAGCAUGGCAGUCUUCUGAGCAGUGGUUUCGCCGGUAUGACAAAGAUCAGAAUGAAGACCUCCUUGAAUCAAUGCGAUACUUCAUUGAAGCAGCUGAAGUACACUCUUCAAUUGAUGCGGGCAAUAAAACAUGUGGAACUUGUGCGCAGGCUUCCCUCGUUUCUCUUCAAAUUCGAAUGCCAGAUUCCAAGUGGCUAAGUUUGUCUGAAACGAAUGCGAGGCGGUUACUAGUAGAUCAAUGCCGUUUUCAGGAAGCCCUAAUUGUUGCUGAAGCCUAUAAUCUUAACCAGGCGAGUGAGUGGGCACUGGUUCUUUGGAAUCAGAUGCUAAAGCCAGAACUAACAGAAGAAUUUGUAGCUGAAUUUGUGGCUGUUCUUCCUCUGCAACCCUCAAUGCUUAUUGAACUUGCAAGAUUCUAUAGGGCUGAGGUGGCAGCCAGAGGUGACCAAUCGCAGUUUUCUGUUUGGCUGACUGGGGGAGGAUUACCUGCAGAAUGGGCUAAAUAUUUAGGGAGAUCGUUCCGCUGUUUGUUAAUGAGAACUAGAGAUCUGAGGUUAAGAUUGCAGCUGGCUACAGUAGCAACUGGUUUUAAUGAAAUCAUUGAUGCUUGUACGAAGGCACUGGACAAGGUUCCCGAUGUUGCGGGACCGCUCGUAUUAAGGAAAGGGCAUGGUGGUGCCUAUCUUCCCCUGAUGUGAAACUGAUGCUCGACCUCGACAGGAAGAUAGGUGGUUGUGAUAAUCAAAACUCAUUGCUGUCCGCCGAUGCUGAUGAUGCUCGCGGUGAAAAAGUUUUGAACAUAAGUGGCUCUAUAAGCUUUAUGCUCUCUUAUUUUUCCUUGGGGAGAUGUAGCUGGAAGAAUACUCGAGUAUCGGUAGCCACCCUGUUGUAAAUUACUGGAAGGGUAAGAAAAUCAAUAUUUUUUUCAACAUACAUGGACAAGUUUAGGGGUUUCGAGUGGUGUAAUUAAAAAGAACUACAGAUUAGGUUGGCUAGAUUUAUGGAAGUCGGGUUGAUUAUGUGGUUGUCCGAGUAAAUAGCAUGGCUGAAAGAGAGUUUAAGUUGAUUGAUUUUUGGUUCUUCAAAUUCUGAGGGAACUGUAUACAGGGAGCGAGGGCAUUGUUCAAUUUUUGAAGAAUUGUAAAAUGUUAAUUUUGUUGCUUAAUGUUGUCUUUCGAUGCAUAUAAAUAAAUGUUCUUGAAAGUGGAUUGAACCCUA